AUGCGGUUGGCCGGCUGGGUGGUGGAUGAUCAUGCUGUCCGAGGAGCUGUUUGGCUGAGCAGGGAAUGGUUAUGGCCGUGGGGUUCUCACACAUAUGCUUUGGCAGUGGUAACAGCUGAGACAGGGCUUCUGGAAAAAUUGACAUUCUUGCAAACCAGAGGAGAUGUAUUGAGACGUUGCACCGAGUCAAUGGUUGUGAACGGUUUAGGACUUGGAUUGGCCCUUCUGAGUGGUAUUGUAAUAUUAGCAGCAGUUUUACCAAAGCAUGAAGCUCCACACUUUAAGAUGAUGUACACAAACAACAAAUGCUUGUCUUCUCAGUAA